AGCUCAACUGCAGGCUUUGCAUAAAGAAUUUUGGGACUUUUCCUACCUUCCUGCUUGGCAGUUAUCCCAACCAUACGCCUUGGAACAGUGUGGUCGCUCCCAUUGGAGAAAUGGAUGGCUUUUCCCCAACUUCAUAGAUAAGUCAGUGGUUCAUCCAGGCUGUUUGCAUAUUGCACAGCCAAGGAUAAGUAAAGCCUUUUCCAGUAACAGGCACUUAAAAGCAUAGGUGCAGCUGUGCUCGCAGUAAACUUGAACGGAAAGCAGUUUGGUGUCGAAAUGGCGACGGCUGCGAAUAGCAAGGAAGCCGAGGCGAAGGAACCAGGCUCGACGAGUGCUCCGCAGCCCUGCGAAAUCGUGUGCCCUCCUGACCGGCACAUCCCCGUCGAAUUCCAUGAAAUCUAUUCCCUUGUAAAAACCGGCAUGUCGGUUUCAGAGCGCACAGCCUUUGAACAAGUAGCGCAGCUGGUGGAGAGCCUAUACGCGCAGGAGUUUAUGCUCCUCAAGCGCAACCUGAAACACAACUUCCUGCGCUUCUCAGCGGGUGCCAAGGACCAGCCGCUGCUCAGCUGCCGCGGCGGCGGUCUGCCCACCACCGCCGAGCUGGAUGCGGCGGAGCUCAAACUGGUAGCGGACUGGCUGCAGCUCAUGGCGGCAGCGAGGUUCCACGUGCUGACAGCUGCGGAGUGGGAGCUGGCCAAGGCUGACAGAUUCAUGCUGUCGCUGCCCGUGGAGGUCAACUGGGACUACUACGACACGCGGCUGCUCCGCUCCUUCUGGUCCUCCUCCCCCGAGCGCCGCUCCCUGCGCGCCCUGCUGCCCGACCAGCUGGCGGACCGAGUGCUGGUGUGCCACCGCGGGGUGGGGGUGGCGCAGGCGAGCGGGCUGUACGGCAGUCAGAAGCUGGAGCUGCUGGUGGAGUACCUGCUGGCACAGCCGCUGGGGAAGCUCUGGCGGCGGCUGCGCGGCCUGCCCCCCCCGCCGCCCCCGCCCCCCCGCGCCCUCAACCUCACGGACAGCACCCACGCGGCUCGCAAGGUGGUGGUGCGGCGCACGCUGCGACUGCUGAUGCCCAACGCCUGGGCCGUGUUGAAGAACCUGCACAAGAAGCUGCACCUCCAGGAGCCCGCCUUCAAGGAGGUGGUGGUGCUCUACCGCGCGGACCGCACCAGUCCCGCUGCAAGGAGGAGGAUGGCUGCCGCUGCGGCAUCCGCCUCCGUCUCCGCCGCGGCAUCAUCAUCAUCAGCAGCAGCAGCUUCGCCCACCAAACAACGACAACCGCAGGGACAGCAGCAGCAAGGACAGCAACUCCUAAAGUCACCGCAGCAGCAACAACAACAGCAGCAACAACAAAGCAAAGGGAGCAGCAGCAGCAGCACGCAACAGCAACAGCAGUCCUCCUCCUCCUCCGCCGCCUCCACUUCCUCUUCCGGCGCGCUGCAGCGCCCGCUGGAGCAGCGACAGCGGGAGAUCUUGUCGGGUCGCAACAUCCACAUCAAGGCAUUCCACGACAUUCCCAUGGCGGACCUGGAUGUCAUCUUCGCGGAUAAGAAGGUGUACCUCAAGACGGUCAGCAUCAUCCAAAUGAUCGUGACGGUGGUGGGCGGACUGGUGGCAGCAAUCAUGGCACUUGUACGGGGUCGUGUCAUCGACCUGAACGUGCUGUGGUCCAGUCUGAGUCUGGUGGCUGCGAGGUGCGCCCAAGUGUACACCAGCGCGCAGGCGGAGCGGUCCAAGACUAUACAGGACAUGGUCAACAUCCUGUACGAGAAGACGGAUGACGCGCAGGAGGGGGUGGUGAGCAUGUUGCUGGAAGACAUGGCGGAGCAGCAGCUGAAGGAGGCCAUCCUCACCUACGCGCUGCUGCACCACCGGGAGGCGGAGCUCAGCGAGGCAGCCAUUGACAGGGACUGCGAGCGCUUCCUCCAGAAGAACUUCGACCUCUCCGUCGACUUUGCGGUGGAGGACGCGCUGCCUCGGCUGGAGGGCUGGGGGCUGGUGACGCGCGUGCAGCAGCGGGGGGCCGCAAAACCCAAGUACCAGGCAGUCAGUGUGGAGGCUGCCGCCGCCCGCCUGCAGCGGCACUGGCACGCCGCCUUCAAGUCGCUCUCCAACCCGCCCGAGACCGCCACCUUCCCCCUCUCCAACCUGGUCGCCGGACAGCAGCGAGCGCCCGCACUCAACAAAGACAGCCUCUUCCGCGCCGCCGCUGACUCAUCAUCAUCAUCAUCCGCCGCCCCUGCUGGCCGCCCCAAUCACCACCACCAGCAGCAGCAGCAUCAGGGGGUACCCGGGGUUCACCAAAGCGUCGGAGGUGCAGGGGUGGCGGCAGCGGCUCCGCCGCCGCCACAGCCAGCAGUCAUGGUGGAGGGUGCGCUGCCGCCGCUGGCGCCGUCGCGAACGGGUGUGAAUGCUGCGGCGGCGGCGGCUGCUCCCGCUGGGCCGGUUGUUGCUCCGGCGGGUAGGAAGAGUGGCGGCGGGGGCGGGGGCUUCUUUUCGGCGCUUGGGGGCAUGGGGAGGCGGAAGAGCUCCAAGGGGGGUGAUCGGUAGACGGGGGGAAGUGAAGAAGAGGUAUUCACACGACGAAUUAGGUAUUAAUUCGUCGUGUGAUAGUGGCAAGCUGGCAACCCGAUUAAGGGUAUAAGAGGAGGAGGACUGAUCAGAGGAAGACGUGAUGCUAAGCAUGGCACGAUAUAGGGGGUGUUCGGCUGAGCACAUGGCUGGCUGCAUGGAUGCUGCCUCGCGCACGUUGUUGUUGGGGGUGGUUGCAAUGGUUGGUGGUUCCUCUGCAAUUCUCUGGCCGGCCACAUGCUGGGGGUGUUGCGAGAUGUUGGCGCGGGUAUGUGAUAAUGGCAGGUUGCUGGUGUAGUAGUGCCAGCUGGAGGUGACCCAUGGGUCAGCUGUGGGUGUGGACGUCAAUGGGGAACACCAGGCGGCCGCCUGCAGGAUGCUUUGCCGUUGGUGCGGUACCAUUCGAAUUGCUUUCCUCCGGAUUCUCCGGUUCUUGUUUUAAGAAUUAUUCCUCACACUUUUAUCGUCAGGAGGUUUGCCCGGGAGCCCCCGGCGCUCUUUUUCGCGUUUUACAUUUUGGUACACAUGAAAUGAGUGUCGUACGAUGCAACGCACGUGUCCGAUAGCAUUCUGUGUAGGGAUUCACUCCGUUAGAUAACGAACAAUGUAGGAGGUCAAUGGGGAGCCACCAAUGUAGGAUGUUAAUCAAGGUGUCAAUUACAAGAUUAUAAGUUGUAGAGGUAUUGCAGAGAUGCAAGUGAGGGUAGGAGUGGUGAAGCUGAGAUGCUGGCAUGACAUGCAGGGAGGACAAAAAAUGUUGAAACGAACGGGAUUUCUCGUCACGGUUGGGCUGACUAAACUGAUCCGCACACCCUUACUUGCUUGGCGCACUUGUAGCCCUACGGUCCCGG